AAUAUUUUGACAAGAAAUGAAACAUAAAUACUGUAAAUAACCUUCGUCCAGAACCUCGCCCCUUCCGCCAACUCUUCGUCGUAACCUCCGCUCCUCCGGCCCUGUUCGUUGCUCCGGCAGGGCAGAUUCAUAACCCUCUCAUCGCUGACCUCCUUAACUCGGACGAGUGUCAAUCGUUUACUUCCGGCAACUUGACCGUGAAUCAGGAUUUUAAACCUCACCCUUCCUUUUAAGAAAUCACUGGAAGAAGUAAUAGCACAACACUAAUGAAUAGCACUGGAACACUUAAGUCUUCAAGUUCUGAGUUGGAUCUUGAUCGACCCAACAUUGAGGAUUAUCUCCCUUCAGGAGCCGCCAUUCAACAAGAACCUCGCGGCAAGCUUCGCCUGCAUGACUUGCUUGAUAUUUCUCCUACACUAUCUGAGGCAGCUGGUGCUAUUGUAGAUGACUCAUUCACAAGAUGUUUCAAGUCAAAUCCUCCAGAACCAUGGAAUUGGAAUAUAUAUUUGUUUCCUUUGUGGUGUUUUGGAGUUGUUGUUCGAUAUUUGAUACUGUUCCCUACAAGGGUUCUUGGGUUAACAUUAGGAUGGAUAAUAUUUCUUUCUGCUUUCAUUCCAGUGCACCUCCUAUUGAAAGGACAUGACAAGUUGAGGAGAAAUAUUGAGAGGUCUUUGGUAGAGAUGAUGUGCGGUUUCUUUGUUGCAUCUUGGACUGGGGUUGUCAAGUACCAUGGGCCAAAGCCCAGCAGGCGACCAAAACAGGUUUUUGUUGCCAACCACACUUCCAUGAUUGAUUUCAUUAUCUUAGAACAGAUGACUGCUUUUGCUGUUAUUAUGCAGAAGCAUCCUGGAUGGGUUGGAUUGUUGCAAAGCACCAUUUUGGAGAGUGUAGGAUGUAUCUGGUUCAAUCGCACAGAGGCAAAGGAUCGAGAAAUUGUGGCAAGAAAAUUGAGGGAACAUGUCCAGGGAGCUGACAACAAUCCUCUUCUCAUAUUUCCAGAGGGAACUUGUGUAAAUAAUCACUACACAGUCAUGUUUAAGAAGGGUGCAUUUGAACUUGGCUGCACAGUUUGCCCUGUUGCAAUCAAAUACAACAAAAUUUUUGUCGAUGCAUUUUGGAAUAGUCGAAAGCAAUCAUUCACUAAACAUCUGUUGCAGCUAAUGACAUCAUGGGCUGUUGUUUGUGAUGUUUGGUACUUGGAGCCACAAAACCUAAAGCCAGGAGAGACACCAAUUGAGUUUGCCGAAAGGGUGAGAGACAUAAUCUCACAUCGUGCUGGUCUUAAAAAGGUUCCUUGGGAUGGAUAUCUGAAGUAUUCGCGUCCUAGCCCAAAGCAUAGAGAAAGAAAGCAACAGAACUUUGCUGAGUCGGUGCUGCGGCGUUUGGAAGAAAAAUAAAUCGUACCUUUUUGUAUAUUAUUACUCAUUUUUAUCGUCAUUCUCCAACCCUUUUUUCUUUCUUUUCUUUUUAAUUUUACGCACCUAUUUAUAUUUAUAUGUAGGUUCAUUUGUUAUGCAUACAUUACUCAAUAAUGAAGUUGCCCGAUAAAUUGUUGCAAGGAUGGUUGAUUUGUCUUUUGCACAAAUAAACGAGUAUGUGCUUGAUGUUUCAUGGACAAAUAAUUUUGAUAGGUUUCUGAACUGAGCCUUUAUUUAAACGGAUUGAUAGUAUUUCUUCCC